AUGUUUCGCGUAACCACCAGGAGUCUGAGAUCGUCAGGCUUAGCACUUAAGCGAGUCCCAUUCAGCACACGCUUCUCAUCCACGCAGACGUCAACGUCAACGUCUGGCAACGCAAGAUAUGUGUGGUCAGCAGCAGCCAUCCUCGGUGCUGGUUCCGGGGCUUACAUCUCCAGCGGCAAGAGUACUACUGUAAAAGGCUCAAAUAACGAGGUUCCUCAAUUGAGCGAGUACCCCACAGAAGAACAGAUCCCCGUCAAUUCGCCUGUCAAGUCUAUCAUUCUCGAAGAUGCCAAUGCUAAACUGCGCGAGGACGCUCACACUUUUGUCUUUGAGGGGCACGCAGGAGCCAAGGGGCGCGUAGACUUUGCGCGCCUGGGAAGCAAUAACCCCAUUGAGGACGAUUGGGAUCUCAAAAUUGCAAAGGGUGUCGGCGGAACCAAGACUUUGUACGCUGGCGUUUACGAUGGACAUGCAGGAUGGGCGACUUCGCAAGUGUUAAGGAACGCUCUCGUACCGUACGUGUCAGGCGCCCUGUCAAGUCUCACACCUACCACUUCUACUGAGCUUGUUGACGAUGCCAUUCAAAAGGCCUUUGUCCGUCUUGACGACCGCAUUUUUAACACAGCCCUCAAAGCUGUUGAAUCUGGCCAAGACCAAGGCACCGCAUCUGUUAUCUCAGCUGUCGCACCUGCCAUUGCUGGGUCCUGCGCGCUUCUAACCAUGUACGAGCCCGUCACGUCUACACUCCGCACUGCUGUCGCAGGCGACUCGCGAGCAGUUCGUGGCGCGUGGUCCUCCAAGACGGAUAAGUAUGAGACGGACAUUCUUAGCAUCGAUCAGACUGGCUUCAAUCAGCUUGAGGUGGAGAGACUCGAUAAGGAACAUCCCGGUCAGCUUCACAGCAUGCUCAACCUUGACUCUGGCCGGCUUUUUGGACUUGCAGUUACAAGGGCGUUUGGCGACCAUCGACUGAAAUGGCCAGCCAAGGUUAUUCGCAAAGUCCAGGACGAUUACUACGGAACCCCGCCCCGACCAAACUACACCACACCUCCGUACUUGACGGCCCGCCCAGAAGUCACGACCCGAAAGAUCCAGACAGACGACUUUGUCAUUCUCGGCUCCGACGGUCUUUGGGACAUGAUCAGCAAUGAAGACGCCGUGACAUGCGUCUCGCGCUGGCUAACCGCCAAGAAAAGCGGCAAGCCUGAGCCGUUCAAGGAGACCAAGUUCGAGGGCAAGCUGGAAGAUGGAUGGCAGGCCACACCGGAGCACCAUGUCAUUGAAGAUCUCGACAAUGCGGCCGUGUGCCUGGUGAAGAACGCAUUUGGAGGGUCGAGACGAGGCUUGUUUCUUGGAGCGAUGACAACGUAUGCGCCCAUGAGCCGAAAUGUGAGGGAUGACAUUACUGUGCAGAUUAUUUUCUUCAAGGAUCCUUAUGAGAAGAAGUGA